UGCAAUCGCAAAGUAGUUUUCAAACGAUUUAGCCGCAGAGAAAAACAAUAUAUUUUUUCUUCGCGUUUUUCUUGCAUUUUCCGUGAAUUUACUCUCUAAAUUAAUGUUGAUCAACCAGCAAAAAUGAGUAAAAGCGCUGAUGAUUUGAUCCAAUGGAAGCUAAUGUGGAAGUUGGUGUCCGGAAACAACUACGAUACCCCCAUAGAGGAUGUUUAUGACAAACUAUCUGAGGUUGUGGAUAAAUUGCGACAAGGUCUGAAGCAGUAUGGGAAAAGUUCCACUGCAUCUGAUGAGAAACUCCGAAAAGUUGUCAAAGAAGCUGGCCAGGAGAAGCUUCUUUCCUUCUGCCAGCGACUACAGCACUUCCUUGACAUUGAUGCACUGCAAGCUUGGUCCUUGCUGUGCUCGUAUCUUGUGACAGAGUACCGUGGAGCCCCAAAUUCCCUCCCUCUCUACACUGCCAAUGAGGAGAAUAAGAUGCAAUUCCUGCAGGACAUUUGGAAUUUCUACUCAAUGGAACGGAUGGUUGUGCUGAAGAUUGUACGAAAUAUACUUGAAUUUCACACCUCCAACGUUCAUCCGUAUGCCGAAGUGUAUGAGAAAGUGCUGGGGGAGAUUGGGCUGAAGAAGUUGCGAGAGAGUUUGCUGAGUCAGCUGGAGGGAUUGAUAAAGGAACCCGCACCAAGUGUCUCAAAUUACGGAGAGCAGUUGUUCAACAAAGUUCACUUGUGGUGUGAGAGGAAGCUCAAAGAAAUCAACGAGGUACUGCAUCUGCUUAUUCUCGUCGUGCAUUUUGAUGGGAUUUCCGUGGAUGAACUCAAGCAAUUGCUGGAUCUCUUCAAGUACCACUCAUUUGGGCGUCAGCAGCAGUACACAGAGAGGUCGUCGCACUGUGAUCUCGCCAAUAAGAUUAACUUUAGUGAAGUUGCUCUGUUCAUUCGAUGCGUUGAUGUGUCUCAGCGCCAAGAUGCAGAGAAGUGGCUUCAGGAGGUACAGAAGUUGGAUAAAGAAAUCCUAGCAAUGCAUCAGCAACCAGAACAUGGUCCAAUUUUGCUCUUUUGGAUGCUUCUCAAUUUCCGUCUUCCCUCCACGGAGCUCGAUGAUGAAUUGACUCGGAAGUAUACGCGUUGCGGAGGGAAAGCAACGCAGCUGGGAGUGUUUCAGUAUCUCACAGAGAUGAUCCGGGAGCCAAUGUUCAAGGAGCCGAGUCUCCUGUCGAAAAUCAUCCGGAUGAGCGUGUAUGAGAAUUUGGGCUUUCUCUGUGAUCUCUUCGACAGCGAUGGAUCCGUAGGACUACGUCCGGGAGUAUUUGAUCUCCUCGCCGAGCUACUAAAGACCCCGGCAAUUGCUUCGGAUUUCUGCCAAGGAGACGAUUGUGGUGUAAAGUCUCUCUUCAAUACAGCCGUUGAGUAUUUUCCAGCGGAAAUUCUUCCCUUAGCUCAGCUUGCAACGUCUCUAGCUUCGGCUGGCAGUGCCCAAUGUGCCUUCAUUGCAAAGAUUCUCCACAAUCUCCCUGUCUACACAGAACCUCAAUCCCAGAAGCAAUUUGAUCUGCGUUCACACACGCGUGAAGAUGAGUACGUUCUGGCCAGUAGCUAUUCACCAUUUCCCAAUAUAGCCUACGUCAUCCCCAAAGGGACUCUCGUGGAGGUGAUUGAUAAGAAAGAUCACACGCUCAUUCAUUUCAAAACUCCUCUGGAUUUCUUUCAUGCCUUGCACCAUGAGAUGAAUGAAUUCAUCCGGGAGACGCAGCAUUACACGAAAAUCACGGAGAAUCGCUUGGAGAGACUAACAGCGGGAAUUCGAUGCCUUGCAGCUGUGCUUAAGCGCAUAAAAUCCGCCGGAGACAUCACGGAGAGUCUCGUCUUUCCCACAGAGGUGGUUUUCUCGUUCCUGGACAAGUUUAGUGAUGUCCCAGAACCAUCAAUGGAGCUCAUGGCGAGCUGCUUGGAUGUCUGCACGGCUCUCAUACCACUCUUUCCCGGUGAGAUUCUCCGGAGAGUCAUAAAUCGAAGUAUUCUACCCACAAUUCCCAAUAGAACUCUCUCACAUGAGGACUACGCACGGGCGGUGAGUUUCAAUUCGGGAAUUGUGGGGUUGUACUUGGUGAAUUGUGAGACAACAAGGGGAAAAUAUGACUUCCUCAAGGCAUACUUUCGCUUCCUGAAAGCUGCCUCUGCGGGAGAUGGAGACACUGAUCGUGUGUACAACGUUGAAUUGCCGGGACUGCUCUUCCUCCUCCACGCGGUCUUUCCGCACUGUCAUUCGUGGAAGUUUGUGGAAGAAGCCGAUAAGUCUGCUGUGUACAUCUUCACCCUGGAAUACUUUCUGCGUAUCCUGCAAGAUGGUGUAGCUGGAAAGACUCAUAGGAGGAUCCUCGUUGAUGUUACAAUCUUCAGUUUGCUAAAUCUGGAUUGUGGUCUCACACUUCUUCGCUUUGUAGGGGUGGGUAAUAGAAAUCUCGAGACACACGUCCAGGCAGAAACGAAUUGGAUGAUGAUCGCAAGUUCUGGGCCCAAUCUCGUCAUUCAGCUCUCAAUGGCAAUUCUCAUGCACAUCCUGAAGCAGAAGGUCACACUUCCGGACAGUGGGAUGAGCCUGUCGACGCUUGAAACGAUCAUCUACACACAGCCCAAGCAGAGGGAUACCCUUCGCAUUAUCCCCGUGGUCACGAGCUACAUGGACAACAUCUUCAAUCGUCGGCUACCACUCCUUGCCUGCCGUCUCCUACGACGUUUUGCCAUUGAAUUCCGAAUGUCCCUCAUGGCGUGCCUGGAUAUGGAUGCUGAUCACAUCCGGAUGGUCUUCCUGCAACGUCUCCGGGAUGAAAUGGAGCGAGAUGAUGUGAAGAUUGCCGUGUUGGAGUUCGUGGAGGCUUGCAUUGAUCGUCAACCGGGACUCGUGGAGGCGUUCUUUAGUGUUACAAAUGAACGACGAGUGCUACCGUUUAAGGGGAGUAAACUCGAAGCCCUCACAGAGGGUAUUCCAAUUUACAUGACGGAAUACCUCACUGUAGUCAAUAGGGAUCCAGAUAAAAUUGCCAAUCCCCUCCUGAGUCGCAUAAUGUCCCUCUUUCAUGCCAUUUGGCGCAAUAAUAUGCAGAAUUUGGUGGGAAAUCUCGUGACGGGUGACACAUUCUGGCCAUCACUGUGUAGUCCCCUCUUCACAACGAUAAAUCCCACCAUUAAGGCAUACUCCCAGCUCUUCAAUAUCAUGGGAAUUGAAGCCUUCAAGCUGAGUACGGCUGAAUCGAUGCCGGUGAAAUUGAGGGAAUCCUUUGAGAAGUUUCUCGAACCAAAAUGCUUCACAAAAUGGAUUGAGACAGUCUUCACGUUUGCCGAUGCAGAUGAUAGAGCUGAAGGGGAGGUACCUGAAUGGCUGUGUCGACUGCAAUCCUUCAAAGAUCUUAUGGUGGUACUUCUACGGAGAAAAUUCCCGGAAAUCUCAUCAAAAUCCAAACAAAUUCUCACGAGAAUUUGCUUCCAGCGUCUUGUGGGGAAAGCCAAGGCAGCUGAUGAUUAUCGCCCAGUGAUCAUCCUGGCGGAACUCUUCCUGGUAGCAAUGGAAAAUUCCCUCGGGAAGUUUGUUGACAAUGAGAAGGAAGAUCGGGAAUUGCUGAAAGAUUCCUCAACUUUGCUCAAUUGUUUGGCCAUAUCGUACACUGAUAUCCAUGUUAGGGCACGAGAAGCAAUUCUGGGUUCGAUAAUUCAAAUAAUACGGGCACUUCCGAGCAAUCUGGUGCAAGAUGUGGAAGUCACAAAGAGUCUCAUUUGUGCAACAAUGGACAUUAUCUGUACGGAAUUGGUGGAUGUUGAGCGUGGGGUGCGCGAGAGGGACACAAAUACCCCACAUAGGGGUCAAUCAAUAAUUCUCGCGAUGCACCUCCUGCGGAAUAUUCUGCUGAUCCUGGAGGAAGAUGGCAUUGAUGCCUGGCAUGCAUGGUUGGAGUCCUACAAGAUAGCAAAUAGACUACUGAGUGCCUUCAAUGGGAUUUGCCAUAGCCAUGAAAAUCAACGGAUUACCAUUGAAUUGCUAAAUCUUCUCGUUGUUCUUGCUCGAUCUCUACGUCCAGACUACCUUAUUCACUGUGAUGUAGUCUUCUACCUCUGGCUCAAUCUCCUCCCGCCGCGAGAGCUCAAUCAGGGUCAAGAGCCCGGGAAGUGGCACACGCAGCAUUGGCUGCCCAUCUAUACGCGUGGUGUGGAAUUGGUGGCAAUUAUGUUGCAGAGGAAUACGCAUAUUUUCUUCAACAAUGCCAUCACCUUUGUUGGCGUUCACGAGGAGUAUCUCAUAGCUUCGAUAACAUUAGCCAAGGAAUCCCUGGAGCCCAAUGCUUUGGCUCUCAUAAAGACUGUGUUGGAUCUUGUGUAUGAAGUCGCCAAGUAUCAUCGUCUGUGGCGGCUUGAGCAUCCACAGAGCAUGAUGAAUAUUAUGAGGAGCAUUCAACAGUUGAUGGAUCAUGCCAUUUCCCUUCUUCAUCGUCCCAAUCAGCUCAAUCAGCUACUCACAACUCCCCUCACUUCCACCAAUGUUCGAAGUGAUCCAAAUCCACCUGUUCAGGCGAAUAAAUUCCUCAUAACUGCCAUGAAUGAAUUAAUCGAGAUAAUCAUUCUCUGUGCCAAAACUCUGCUGAUCUUCAGCCCAAAAUUGAUGGAUUUGCUGUGUGAACCUGAAUUUCAGGCCUCAAAGUGGCAGGCACUGAUUGAAAUUCAAUUCCAGACACCAACACUAAAUGAAUCAGUGAGGCAUUUGUCCCUGGGGGCGCUCUUAACGGCUGUUGUUACUUUCACGAAAGCCCUAAAACUGAUUCAAUACAAUUUUACGGAAGUUCCACUAAACUACAAAGAUCCCGAUCGCACGGAACAGAGCAUAAGUAUUUCGGCAACAGAUUUGAGUCAGAGUACCACAAGUCCACGACCAGUUUUUGGGAAAACCCUCUCAACGUCCAGCUAUGGGACACCAAGUGCUUCCGAGGAGAUUCUCUCGAAGCUCAAUGGGAAACUCUGUGUUAUGGCAUUGGAGUACUGUCUCACACUUGUUGGGAGUCAGAGUCUCUUAGCACUGAGGGAUCCGAAUUUGUCAAUUUUGGAUAAGCAACUGAUAAGGAAGGAGCUGAUGAGCACUGAAUUGGCGUUCUUUCAUGAUUUUGUGAAGAAGAGAAUUCUCCUGAAUGGACGUACUUUGGGUGGGAGGAAGAAGUAUGGCUUUCUCAGUAUUCCCGGCUUUUCCACGAGCACCAGUGAGGAGUCAGCAGAAGCCCCACGAGCAUCAACAUCAAGGGGACAUGGACAGAGGGACUCAAUGCGGGUGAAUGUGGUGAAGAAGAUGCAUCUACAGCAGAAAACUCAAGCAUUUGCGGGUUCAACGCCACGAAAGGAAGCUGGAACAGUGGCAACACCGAGAUUUGGGGAGAAUAUCACCCCCAUCAAGAAGACAACGCAUCAGGAUGAGAAUAUUUUUGAGAAGAGGCUCUGUCUUAGGGAGGAAAUUCGCUUCCACGAAGGUGAUCCACCACCACCACCCCUCAAUAUUGCUAAAUUGGUCGAAGAGGAUUAUUUGCAUUUCCUUUCCUACCUCUUUACGGUCUUGUGCCACUCAGAGGUGUGACUUUUUUAGGGAUUUACCUGGAGGAUUUUGAUGAUUCUGGAUUAAUAAAAACUGCCGUUAUUUUUUAAAAAAA